AUUGCCUUCACUCUCGCUGUUGAGCGCAGGACUGAGCCGCUGUUGAGAGACUGCAGUUAUUUCAGUCUCAUUGCACUCUCUCUCUCCAUCUCCCACUCUCUCCUCCCUCCUUAUAGUCUUUGAUUGAGCAUCAUUCUCAUGCUUUCAUGGUUCUUUCUCUCUCUCUCUCUCUCUCUCUCCAGCUCUGUUAGCUUCUCUUACACUUACAGUCCGAGUGAUCAUGCCACAUCCCUCUCUCCCUCUGUCCUCUUCUCUGCCUGUCUGCUUUCGUUUACAUACUUCUUCAUCAAACUGACUCUUUUCAGUGCCAGCUGAAUCGCAUUCGCCUGUUUGUGGAAAGAGGACAUUUAAAUGCGGGACGCAGCGUGUUUUUUCACCUUGCAGCUCACUUAUCUGGACGAGUUUUGGAAGGGUGUCUGGUUCCAUUUGUCCGGUUUGCAGCCUGCCGGGUGUUUUCCCAGAGUCCUGGAGUCUGUUGCAUAGCUGUGCGUCUCCUGAGGUGCACUCGGACUGCUCUUACAGUCUCGGUGAGGAACGUGGGCUGAAGAAAACCCCUCUCAGCCCGUCAUCAGCUCGUGGAGGAAUACCAUCGAUGGUCAGCUAAGAUCAGUGGAGGGGAAAGAGUAACAAAAGUAGGUAAAACGAAGAGAAGAGUGAAGGGCAAAGCAGCAUCUCACAGGUUAAAAAGAGCAUCAAACGGCAGCACAAACGGGAACAGCUCCUGUUGGAAAAGAGAGCGAGAGUUUCAGAAAGAGAGAGGCAGGCUUUCAUUUGUAAACUCUAAACUAGUGACUUCAAACUCUUCAGUCCUUGAGAGCCAAUCCAGAACUCUAUCCUGAUACUCUUUGACUUUCAGGACAAGCUGUUUCGGUUUUCCUGCUCAAGUUCCUUUGCCGUUAAUAACCAUGCAGGUGUCCUUCGCAUGUACGGAUCAGGGGUUUAAGGCCCCGCGCUCCAGUGAGCCGAACAAACAGAACACGUCGAGUCCGAGCACGGCCAGCGCAGCACGGGCACGGUUCCGUACGGUGGCGCUGAUCGCCCGAAGUCUGGGCUCCUUUACGCACAGGCACCACAUUUCCCUGAAAGAGUCCACUGGAAAACUCACCGGCAUGAAGUACAGAAAUCUUGGGAAGUCAGGACUACGAGUAUCAUGCCUUGGACUCGGCACAUGGGUGACAUUUGGGGGACAGAUUUCAGAUGAGGUGGCAGAGCAGCUGAUGACUAUAGCCUAUGAAAAUGGGGUCAACCUAUUUGACACUGCAGAGGUCUAUUCAGCUGGGAAGGCUGAAAUAAUCCUAGGAAACAUUAUCAAAAAGAAAUGUUUGAGGAGAUCCAGUCUGGUUAUCACCACUAAACUGUACUGGGGAGGAAAGGCAGAAACAGAGCGAGGGCUCUCCCGGAAGCACAUUAUUGAAGGUCUGAAGGGUUCUUUGCAGAGGUUGCAGCUGGAGUAUGUGGACGUGGUUUUUGCCAAUCGUCCUGAUAGCAACACUCCUAUGGAGGAGAUCGUGAGAGCCAUGACGCAUGUCAUUAACCAUGGCAUGUCCAUGUACUGGGGCACGUCACGCUGGUCAGCGAUGGAGAUCAUGGAGGCGUAUUCUGUAGCGAGGCAGUUUAAUCUGAUUCCUCCUGUGUGUGAACAGGCCGAAUAUCAUUUAUUCCAGAGGGAUAAAGUGGAGAUGCAACUGCCUGAGCUUUACCAUAAGAUUGGAGUUGGGGUGGUAUCCUGGUCUCCUCUAGCCUGCGGCAUCAUCACAGGGAAAUAUGAAAACGGCAUCCCAGAAUCCUCCAGGGCCUCUUUGAAGUCAUACCAGUGGCUGAAGGAGAAGAUUCUGAGUGAGGAUGGGAGAAAGCAGCAGGCGAAGCUUAAGGAACUGACCCACAUAGCUGAGAAGCUCAGCUGUACCCUUCCACAACUUGCCAUUGCCUGGUGCCUCCGUAAUGAAGGAGUGAGUUCUGUUCUCCUGGGGACCUCCAACCCUGCACAGCUAACUGAGAACCUGGGGGCGAUACAGGUUCUUCCAAAGAUCACUGCUCACGUGGCCUCAGAUAUCGACAAAAUCCUGGGUAACCGUCCCCAGAGUAAGAAGGACUACCAUCACUAGGUCUUUCUGUGAACCUGUAAGCCUUGAGACUCAGGAUCCCGUUCCAGUCCUCUUGUUUCACCAGGUGUCCACAGUGUGAGAUUCCCACCAUUGUGUGUCUGUGUCAACUUCUCCUGCAGAGAGCCAUUGUUACAGUUACAGUAGAAAUGCUAAAGUGUUAUGCAUGCUUCAGUCCGACCUAAACCUGAGCUCAACAUCACAUCAAGGUCUCUGUGGAGACACACCUGCCUGUGAAGCACAGAAGCUCCCCAGAUCCCUCGUCUGUGGGUUUUCUUAUUCAGCUGUCAUAGCCCAUAUGUGCCAAAGUCAACCUGUUCUUGACCCUUGACCUCCGGACAUCCAUUCUGAAAAGGGACGAAAGACAGGCCCUUAUGAAUGGCCCUGAUUACCGUCUAUAAAACACUGUAGUAAGGAAAAUGCACUGCAUAUCAUUCUGAGAAUGUACAAACUAGGAACUGUGAUAUAUGGCAGAGCAGCAUGUAGAGUUAAACUGUGUACGAUGUGUGUGCAUUGGUAAAAAUUUGUUGGAUUAAAAAGCCAUCAACAGCAAAGUAGGCUGUUAUCGUGUUAAUUGUUCUCCAAAAUGUUUAACAUUUUUAAAAGACUGUUUGUGUAUGUUUCCUUUGUAAAUCCUGCAAUUUGUGUCAUGUCUGAUCUUAAUUCUCUGUUGUUUUAAAUUUACAUUAUAAAAGAAACUUAGGUUGUUGAAAUGCUUUUCCAGUGAUAAAAGUACACUGGUUAAAGAUUUAAAUGCUUGCUGCUGUAUUUGGUAACUUUUGUACUGCAAGGCAGUGCAUACUUGAGUCCAGAGAGGGCUAGAAAUGCACAACUACUUAAAAACUAGUUAAUGUCUGUUAGAAAUGAGGUCAGAAUGUUUACAAACUUUUAAUUAUGACGCUGUUAAUUAAUGCAUUAUGCAGAGUGCUUUUAAGAUUAAAAUAAAAAUGUGCAUCUCUA